GCGUCUGUUCCUGCGAGGCGAGCACCAGCGGAGAGACCAGCCCGCCGCUUCCGCCGCCGCUGACCGACGGCGCGCCACGGAGCUUCCCGACCCGGCGCGCGAGCCCCUCCGAGGCCGGGGGAACGACCGGCGUGAGAUGCUGAUGGAGAGGCUGGCAUAAGGACCUAUGUGGCGUCCCAGAAACCUGCUGUCCUGGUCACCAUCCUUUCUAUUUUGCAAAGAAAGAAACUUCUCCUCUUCCUCGUCCUCCUCCACCCUCCACUCCACACAUCUUCCUAUCUAACUUCUCCUACCGCUCUCUCCCACCCUCAUUUCCCUUCCUCCAAAGCUCCAGCUUUGGUACAAGCUCACCAUGGCGUCCAAGCUGAACCCUAACGUCCUGUAUGUGGCCGGACCCGGCGAGACACUGACCUCCCCUCAAUCCGACUCUGAGAGGACUCACAUUACCGGGGAAGGCGGCGAAGAGUCAUCAGACAGUGACGGAGAACAAGAAGAGACGUCACACAAGUUGAUACGCAAAGUGUCCACCUCAGGACAGAUCCGGGCAAAGAAAAGUGUGAAGGAGGGAAUCCUGUUGAAGCAGACCAGCUCCUUCCAGAGAUGGAAAAGAAGGUACUUCAAACUCAGAGGGAGGACCCUCUACUAUGCCAAAGACUGCAAGUCCUUGAUUUUUGAUGAGGUGGACCUAUCGGAUGCAAGUGUGGCAGAGACCAGCACCAAAAACAUCAACAACAGCUUUACUGUGAUUACACCAUUUCGUAAAUUAAUGUUGUGCGCGGAGAGCAGGAAGGAAAUGGAGGAUUGGAUCACCGCUCUCAAAUCUGUCCAAAAAUGGGAAACCUAUGAGGCCAGUCAGUUCAACAUGGAGCACUUCUCUGGGAUGCACAACUGGUACGCCUGCUCGCACGCAAGACCAACCUUCUGCAAUGUCUGCAGGGAAGCCCUGCCAGGCGUCACCUCCCACGGCCUGUCCUGUGAAGUUUGUAAGUUCAAAGCUCAUAAGCGCUGUGCAGUUCGCUCCACCAACAACUGUAAAUGGACCACACUGGCCUCCAUAGGGAAUGAUAUCAUUGAAGAUGAGGAUGGGGUGUCCAUGCCGCACCAGUGGCUGGAGGGGAACUUACCCGUCAGUGCCAAAUGUAUGGUGUGCGACAAGAACUGUGGCAGUGUGCGGCGGCUGCAGGACUGGCGCUGCCUGUGGUGCAAGGCCAUUGUCCACAAUGGUUGCAAAGAACAAAUGGGGAAGGUUUGUCCCUUGGGUCAAUGUCGAGUCUCAAUCAUCCCCCCCACUGCACUUAACAGCAUUGACUCAGAUGGCUUCUGGAAGGCCACCUCUGCUUCAUGCUCCAGCCCUCUCCUGGUUCUCGUCAACUCCAAAAGCGGGGACAACCAGGGAGUCAAGUUCCUUCGAAAGUUCAAGCAGCUUCUAAACCCAGCUCAGGUCUUUGACCUGAUGAACGGAGGUCCCGAGCUGGGCCUGCGGCUCUUCCAGAAGUUUGUGACGUUUCGUAUUCUAGUGUGCGGAGGAGAUGGCAGCGUGGGCUGGGUGCUCUCAGAGCUGGAUAAACUCAACCUCCAUAAACAGUGUCAGCUGGGCGUGCUACCUCUGGGCACAGGUAACGAUCUGGCCCGUGUUCUCGGCUGGGGGGGCCUCUGUGAUGACGACGCUCAGCUGCUGCAGAUCCUGGAGAAGCUGGAGAGAGCCACCACCAAAAUGCUGGACCGAUGGAGUAUUAUGACUUACGAGGUGCCCACCACCAACAAACACUCCCCAAUUGUGAAGGAAGACGAUGGCCUUGACUCUCCUCCACAGGUCCACAUCACCCAGUAUGCAGACUCUGUGGCCUCCCACCUGGCGAAGAUCCUGGACUCGGACAAACAUAGCGACGUCAUAUCCUCUGCCAAGUUUCUGUGUGGGACGGUGAACGACUUUGUGGCGGAGGUGGGGAAGGCGUACGAGAGAGCCACGGAGAAUAAGGAGGAGGCAGAUGCCAUGGCAAAGAAGUGUGCACUGUUGAAUGAGAAACUGGAUUCCCUGGUCAAGGCCUUAAGCGAGGAAGCCGAAGCACAGGUGGUGCCAGCAGGAUCAGUUCCCAGCCAGGAGGGUGGUGGUUCAAGUGCCAGUGACUGUGGCGGUGAGUCAGGCACUGAAGGAAAAACAUAUCGCUCUAAAGAGCAGCUGAUGCUCAGGGCCAACAGCCUAAAGAAAGCUCUGAGGCAGAUCAUCGAGCAGGCAGAGAAAGUGGUGGAUGAGCAGAACAGACACACGCAGGUUCAGAGGAUGCCGUCCUCGUCCUCCAUCAAGAGGGAGAACAGCGACGAGCUGAAAGAGGCAGAUUCAUGUCCUGGAGGCUUGAGCCCAACAUCCCCCAUCGUUCUGGAAAAACCCGAGAGCAUCAAUACUGUCACCUUCAGCGAGGACUCUGUACACUGCACAGAGAAGUGUGUGAUGAAUAACUACUUCGGCAUCGGCCUGGACGCCAAAAUCUCUCUGGAGUUUAACAACAAACGAGAUGAGCAUCCAAAGAAAUGCAGUAGUCGCACUAAGAACAUGAUGUGGUAUGGAGUCCUGGGGACCAAAGAGCUUGUUCAGAAGACGUACAAAAAUCUGGAGCAAAGAGUUCAGCUGGAGUGUGACGGGAUUCCCAUUUCUCUGCCGAGUCUGCAGGGCUUGGCUGUUCUUAACAUUCCCAGUUAUGCAGGAGGAAUUAAUUUCUGGGGAGGCACCAAGGAGGAUAAUAACUUCGGUGCGCCGUCAUUUGACGAUAAGAAGCUGGAGGUGGUGGCGGUGUUCGGCAGCAUGCAGAUGGCUGUGUCCAGAGUCAUUAACCUGCAACACCAUCGCAUUGCACAGUGUCGUCAAGUCAAGAUCACCAUCCUGGGGGAGGAGGGUGUUCCUGUCCAGGUGGACGGCGAGGCCUGGAUCCAACCUCCCGGCGUCGUCAAGAUCAUCCACAAGAACCGGGCUCAGAUGCUCACUAGAGACCGGGCGUUUGAGAGCACGCUGAAGUCGUGGGAGGACAAGAGAAAGAUUGACAGCUACCGCGAGGCGAGGCCUCGCCUAAACUCCCAGCAGUCCAUGGAGUACCUGACUGAGGAAGAGUGUGCUCAGGUGCAGCAGCUGGGCAUCGUCGCCGACACGCUCAUCAACAAAAUCCGUGAUGCAGCCAAAACCCACAAGCUGGUGGAGCAGGAGCUGGCCCACGCCGUCAACGCCACCGCUCUGGUGCUAACAGAGGCCAAGAUAUCCAGUCCUGAGUGCCUGAGUCGCAGCACUGCGGUGGAAAUAGUCAACAGCAGUAAAGUCCUUCAGGCUGAGACCAGGAUGCUCCUCGAUGGAGAACUACUGACGGAUUCUCCAGAUGAAGAGGAGCUGCGCUCCACUCUGAACAGCCUCAGCGCCGAGCUCCACAAGUUGGAUGAUAUCCACUGGAUCUGUCCGCUCAUGCAGUGCUCAGAAGAGGAAUCUGUGCGGAGCAGUAAGAGCAGCAGCAGCAGCAGCAGUAUGAAGCUGAAGAUCAUACCUAAAGUGAAGAAGGAGAAAGAGAAGCUGCACAAGCAGAAGUCCAACAGUUCUCUCUCAGGAUUGUGGGAUAUUAAAGGCGGAGCUGCUGAGGCGGAUUCCUCCGUCAACUGAAGUCCUGACAGGGUUUUUGUUUUCUGUUUGCUCCGACAUCCAGGGUUAGGGAGCGCUGCUUUUGCUCUCCUUCCACUUUGCCAUGUGGAGGUGUUAAAGAGUCAAACUCUUCCCAACUUUUACCCAUUUUAAUUUUUCGUUAUCUAUUUUUGCAGACGUGCCAGAGAAUCUCUGUUUUUGGAUUCUUAAAUAUUUUUUUUAAGGUGUCUAGUCUUUGCUUUGCAUUUCUCCAAUGCUGGAACCCUGUUCUUUUGGGUGUGGCAGACAACGGGGGGAGGUGUUGAG